AUGUCCUCGAAUAAAGUAUGGCCGGUCUUUGAGGCCCCCCUUAUUACUCGCUCCUCCUCGGAGAUCUACGACUUACCUUGUCCAUACAUUCUCUCUAAAAAAGUACUCGGAACAGGCUCCUACGCUGAUGUAUACGAAUGUAAAAACACGAUCAACGGGGCACAUUACGCUGCGAAAAGAUUUAAGAAAAAACUCAUUUAUGGUUUGGAGCUGAUGCUUCAGAGAGAGUUCCAAGUUCUCAAAGCUGUGCUGAGAGAACAUAAGAAUAUUCUUCUGAUGGUCGACUACUUCGAAACAAAUGAGUACUUCUAUUUGGUCACCGACUUAGCAAACGGAGGUGAGCUUUUUGAACGUAUUACACAAGGCCCUGGCGGCAAGCUCACCCUCAAUGAUACACGCAGCAUCCUCUAUAACCUUUUAUCUGCCCUAGCACACUUGCAUAGAAAUAACAUCGUGCAUCGUGACAUCAAAGCAGAAAACAUUUUGUUUGCGUCACGCAACUCAAGAGCAAGUCUGUUGUUGCUUGCAGACUUCGGCCACGCCCAGAUCCUCGCUGGCGAGGAUUUGGCAGAUUGUUUUGGCGGAACACUUAGUUACUUGGCUCCUGAGGUUGUCCGCAGAGAGCGCCACGGCUUUCCCGUUGAUAUGUGGGCUGUUGGAGUCCUCACAUACUUCAUGCUUUGUGGCUACACCCCUUUUGACUGCGAUACUGACAAAGAAACGAAAGAGAUGAUCACCACAGCAGAUUAUGUGUACGAGCCCGAGGAUUACUGGGGACAUAUUCCUCAAGUUGCCAAGGAUUUCAUUGACAAGUGUUUAUGCUUAGAUCCAAAGGAUCGUUUAUCUGCUGAAGACGCCUUAAAACAUCCGUUUAUUGCAGAAUUGGCUACUCCUGCCAUGUCCACCACUUCGCUUCAGGCUCUCCACGAUGCAGUUUGGAAAUUACACAACUCUAGACAGGCCUCUUCUUCCAACUUGUUGAAAACUAAAUCUUCAAGUAAUUUGUCCAAAACUUUCUCUUCGUCCAGUUUAGCGAGAUCUUCUUACACAAGUAUCCCUAAAGUUCUUGCUGCAACUAUGGCUAAGCUGCCAUCUUCAAAUCUCAGUAAUACAAGACCUGAGGGAAACUUCCUGUCGCUGUCCUCUCGUCAAUCUACUGAUAACUGCAGUGCGCUUCUUGGCGGUAAAUGCUACUCUCCAGAGACAGUGACUGCAUUCACAACUCCUGUUACUUCGGGACCCAAUUCUAGACAGCAAUCACAUACAAACUUGCAUAGUCUUCUGAUCAAGCCACUCAAUGCACCUGCGGUCACCACGGGUCACCGCGACGGAAACGCUAAUUUCAUGUUAUAG